CUCUGAGCGGCGGUUACGCCCGAGGACCCCGAACGUACGAUCAGAGAUGUCAGCACGCCGUCCCGAGCCGCCCCGGACAGUUAGAUGCGGCGAGAGUCGACUUGGCGCAGCCUCUCACAGCCUGUUUUGGCUAUCGACUCCAAGCGUCGCCCGAGGCUGCAAAACAGUGCCGAGCGAUUGACAUCGUUGCUGCACGCAUCGCCUGAUUCGCACCGAAGCCGUCGACGCAGCCGCGCCGGCCUCCGCAGCGAUAGAAACCAGCUAGCUCCCAGACUCCCACAGCAGGGAGAUUUUCGGCGCGCCAGAAACACAGCCAUGGCCGCGAAGGACCUCGAGAAGCUCAAUCUGAAUGACACGGACCCGGGCAUCCCGCCGCCGCCGCCCGGCGGCGGCGGUUUUAGUUUUGCGAGCGCGCCCGCGGGCGCGCCGAAGGAAGGUUUUUCGUUUAACAUGCCGCCGGCGCCGCCCGCUGCGGACGACGACGACGACGACGACGAGAUGAAGCUGCCGGCCGCCGUCUUGGGUCGCGUGCUUGGUUUACGAGCUUUACAUGAGAAGCGCGAGGAGGUCAUGCAAGAGUACGUCAAGGAAAGGGCGGCCCUCGAAGCGAAGUAUAGAGAGAAAAUUGAUCCCAUCCUCCAAGACAGGUCGCGGGUCAUCAACGGGAAGCUGGAGCCCUCGUUAUCGCACGAGGACCAGCAGACCGUGGCGAAGGCCGGAACAUCAGGUAAUGAUGAGAAGGGUGUGCCUGAUUUUUGGUUGAGUGCGUGCGGGCGGCACGACGCCUUCGGGGGGACCAUCGAGGAGUCGGAUGUGGCCGCUCUCCGGUGUUUGACGGACGUGAGGUGUAUUGAUGAUGACGACCUCACGGGAUUUAAACUCGAAUUCGAAUUCGCGCCGAACCCCUUCUUCUUCGAUACCGUGCUGACGAAGUCCUACAAAGUACCGAACUUGGUCGAUUCGAACGGCCAGCCCGAGCUCGAGAAAAUACAAGGCUGUACCAUUAACUGGAAAGAAAAUAAAGACCUCACAAAACGCGAGGUCAAGAAGAAGCAGAAGGCGAAGCGGGGUCGGAAUGCGGGGGCUACCCGAGUAGUGACGAAGAUCGAGGACAAGCCGUCGUUCUUUCGGUUUUUUGAAUCUAUACCGUUACCAGGAUGUGAUGAUGAUGAUGACGAGGAUGUGGAGGAUUUGCGGGACAAGAUCGACGCGGACGUGGAACUGGCCUUCGCGCUGCGGAACGAGGUCGUGCCGCACGCCAUAUUAUGGUUCACGGGCGAGGCCGUCGACGACGAUGAUGAGGAUUUUGAUGAAGUUGAGGUCUCGGACGAGGAGGAGGACUGAUCAAAUUUUUGAGGAGUAGUGGAUGCCCCACGGGUAAACCUAAUUAAUCACAUACUACAA